AUGUCAGAUACUGAGAAACAAGCAGUCCAGGAUGUGGUGUCAGCCACUCCGUCGGAUGAUGCUUCUGGCAAUGCUCCUGCUGUGAGCAAAUACGUUGAGAGGAGGCUUGUCUGGAAAACCGAUUUGAUAAUCAUGCCCGCUCUUGCAUUGGCUUAUCUUACACAUACUUUGGACCGGGCCAACCUGGGUAAUGCCAAAACAGACACGUUUGAGGCAGACCUUGGUCUAGUGGGCAACCAAUUCUCACUGCUCUUGAUCCUCUUCUACAUCCCCUACGCCCUAAUGAAUAUUCCUUUCACACUGUUGUCGAAACGCUUCAACCCCUCAAUUGUCAUCCCUUCCAUUAUGACAUUCUGGGGAGCCAUGGCCAUGGUGGCUGCAGCAACUAAGAACUUUGGAGGAAUCCUCGCCGUCAGAAUCCUCAUGGGAUGUGCUGAGGCCGCCUUCUUCCCUUGCGCAAUUUUCUAUUGUAGCUCAUUCUACACUCGCCGGGAGCUUAGUUUCCGUACAAGCAUCUUUGGCAUGAUGGGAUUCAUUGCUGGCGCCAUCUCAGGUCUUAUUGCUUGGUCCGUCUUCCAGUGGGAUAAGGUCCUAAAAGGUUGGCAGUAUCUCUUCCUUAUAGAGGGUGCAUUGACAGUCGGAGUGGGGUUAUUGCUGUUUGCUGUCCUGCCACGAAGCAUUCAGAAGUCGCGAUGGUUUACAGAAGAAGAGAAAGCGCUCUCACGCCAGCGCAUGGAGGAGGACUCCCACGAUGAGGAUAAACGCUUCCGCUGGGAAGAUGCCGUAAAGGAAACAAAGGACUGGACGACUUGGGUCUUUACACUCAUGCCACUUUUAUACGGAGUUGGUGUCGCCAGUAGUUCGAACUUCUUGCCUACUAUUGUUAAACGAAUUGCCAUUAUUCCAUCCAAAGCAAAUCUCUAUACCGUUGGUCCGAAUUUGACUGCGGCCGCUGUUCAGCUUACGACGACGUGGCUGUCAGACCGAUUCCAGCAGCGUGCCUCCAUUGCAGUCGGAACACUCUUUGUCUCAUUCCUCGCAUGGAUUUUGCUCGCCACCUUGGAUCUUGUAAAGCACGUUGAGGUUGGAUAUUUCUUGACAUAUCUAAUCACGUUUGGAACAUUUACACCAGGGAUCUUAGUCCCCAUUUGGGUGGCAUCUAACACAACGACGACCACUGGAAGGGCUUUCCGCCUGGGGCUGAACUUUAUGGCACAAAACCUGGCGGGAAUCAUUAGCUCUGCUGUCUUCCGAGCGCAGGACGCCCCUGUCUAUAAGCCGGCUUUGAUCACUGUUGCCUGCUUCCAGGCAGCGUUCAUGAUCAUCUGUUUGGGUCUGAGGGAGCACUUCCGGAGAUUGAACAAGAAGCUUGACAAGGGCGAAACUGUGCACGUGAGCGGUGGCAAAGAGCGACCCGGUUACCGUUAUGCAUACUAG